AUGCUGCCGCCCAAGAGGUUUCCUUUUCCUCUGCAAGUAGGGACUGACUUGUGUCAAAUCUCCCGCAUCUACCGCAUUUUGGCCAGCGACAAGGAAUCCAGAUUUCUCCGUCGCAUCCUCACCAAGCAUGAGCGCCUCGCGAUCCCUGCCGUCCUGAAGUCGGCCGACGCAUCAGCGACGCCGUCCGAGAUUUCCAAAGAUGACGACUUCCAGGCGUUGAAGAAGCGCAACCCACUUUUAUGGAAGAAGGCUAGCUUCCUAGCUGGCAGAUUCGCAGCCAAGGAAGCGACAUUCAAAGCACACCCCACGAGAAACCUGACAUGGCACGACAUCACCAUUGCCCGGAAGCAAUCCGCGCAGCUGAAGGAUAUUGAGGAGCGGAAGAAGGCCACGGAGCAAGAAGAGAAGCCCAAGAAGCAGGAUGAGGAGCCGAAAGAACUCGAGGCCAAGGAGGCAGAACCGACCGCAUUAACCCCCAACGGAAGCGGCCCGCCCAUCGCCAUCGUGCGCGGCAUACACGAAGGGAUACCCGGGCAGGAGGCGCUGUUAUCCAUCAGCCACGACGGAGACUACGCCACGGCCGUGUGUCUGGCCUUUGAGGCCCAGGGCGAAGGCUACCCGAGUCGGAAGCAGCCCGAGGAGCGCAAGGAGAGCAAGAAGUGCGACAGUCCCCGCGACACCGAGGCUGAGAAGGAGAAGGAGAGCGCGAAGGCGGCUAUGGAGGCCGAGGUGAGCUACGAGGAGUUUGAGGAGUUUAAGGCGUGGCGGGCGUGGAAGGCUAGGGCUAAAGAGUAA